UGUCUGUCUGUCUCAGUCUAACUGUCUGUCUGUCUGUCUGCAGCGAUCCAGAUCGAUGCAUCACAAUGAAACAAAGAUGGCGUCCACAUGAUCUCGACCUCACUGACGGUUCUGGCCCCCGGGUCGUCCGUCAGAUCUCCACCAACAGUCGGGAACGCUGGCGGCAGCAGAAUGUCAACGGGGCGUUCGCCGAACUGCGGCGUCUCAUCCCCACACACCCCCCCGACAGGAAGCUCAGCAAGAACGAGAUCCUACGCCUGGCCCUCAGGUACAUCAACUUCCUGGACCGGCUGGUGACAGACCAGGACCUACGGGGGAUGUCCUGGGCCAGAGCGGGGAGCCUGGAGCGGGAGGAAGGGCCGCAGGGGGCGCUGUCACCAAACUCCAGCUGUGACAGUUCGGUGGACGGGGACUCCUGCGGUCUGACGGGGAAGCAGGACUGUGGAGGUCCUCUGGACCUGCAAACAACAACCAGCUACAGCUGAUCGGACCGGCGGGAUCCAGCAGAGACCAGGAGGAUCCAGACCAGA